AUGCCUUCGCGAAGAAAGACUCAGUGCGGCGUCGUCAGCAAAAUGCACAAGGAACGCUCCGUGCCCCACAUCUGCCAACAGUACAAAUACACGCCCGGAGCGGUCAAUGAGAUAUGGGAGAACCCUGAAGAAUGCGCCUUGCUAACGAAGGCCGGCAAGAACUUCAUUAACAACGUACUGAACUCCAGGAUGUUGGAGUGGUUCGACAGUCACUCGGCCAUCGAUUUGCAACUAUGUCGCAUAAUAGUUGCAGACACAGAACAGAAAGGCGAUCCUAAUACUGGACAGAGCGAUGAUACAUGCAAAGCUCUUGCUAUC